GUAUAGCCAUAGUACUUUUGAUCAAGGAACUUAAUAUAUCAACUUCUCUUCAGCAACCAGAAAAAUUGAAAAAUAAUUUACAAACUGUUGAAACUAUUAAAAAGAAGCAUGAACCUCCUGAUAAACCUAUCUUGACUUUUGAAGAAAGUCUAGCUGAUGUACAUUUGUCUGAAAUUGCCUCAGGUCUCUUCCAUUAUUAUG